AAGUCGAAAAAAAGUAAAAACUUGCUGAAAUUCUUUAUUGGAUUUAAAGAAUAAAAAGAAGAAAAGAAAGUCUUUAGUUAUGAAUAAGUGGAUUGAAUCUUGAAAGAUCAGUUAAAAUGAAGAUAAAUCAAUUGAUAACUUUAUUAUUCAUCUCCUUGAUUUGUGUAAUUGGAAUUAAAUCACAAGAAACAUGUGAAAAUUAUAACAAUCAAAUUGUCGAAGUCAGUGUGGUUCCCCGUUAUAUUGGUGUCGUUGAAACACUUAAGAUAACUAAUGCAGUCAGUAUGACAUAUAGCACAAAUCUAGGACAGUAUUUUUCUGCUGAACUGGUAACAGAUCAGAAUGAAAUUAGACUAUCGACAACAGAAAGCUUUGCUAAUUACGAAAAGGAUAAUAACGUCACGAGAACAGUUUUGAAUUUAAAUAUUCGUUGCAGUUCUUCAAAUACAAAUUUGGAGUUUAGAAUAACGAUUAGUUCUGUAAAUAAUUAUCCACCAGAAUUUACAGCAUCAAACUAUGAAAUUAAAAUUCCAACUCCACUCGCAAAAGGAGCAGAACUAACAUCAUAUUUAGAAUUUGAUGAUCAGAUUCUUGCUACUGAUUACGACCUUUACGACAACAGUUUAAGCUUUACAUUAACUGGAAGUGACUUAUUUUAUGUUGAAAGUGUUGAUAUCACUGGAAUCAAAUCAACUUUUAAGGCAAGGAUAUUUACAAAUCAGCAGAUAAUAAAACUAGAGAACGAUAUCGUAGAAUUAACAUUGACUGCUACGGACUCAUCAAAUGAACCAAAAUCUUCAAGUGUCAAAGUCAACAUUUUUACAGAUCCUGAAAAUACUUUCAUCGAGUCUCCAAAAUUCUCCAAACCUCUUUAUAGAGGGAAUCUUGAGAAAGGAAAGACAUUAGAAAUUGAGGGUAUCCAACUUGAUGAGAGCACAUACGAUGAUAAUGUUAGAUUUGAAAUUGCUGGUGAUCUUUAUGGAAUCAUUAAUAUGACUAGCGAUGGUCCAGCUGUUAAAAUAACAUUAAAUGAAGGAAAUUUACUAGAAGAAGUCUUUAAACAAAAAUUCAUUGACUUCGUAAUAGAAGCGAAACGUGAUGGAGACAAUAGUGGAUUUGCAGUAGUCAUUAUAGACGUGUCGUUGCCAAUAUUUACAUUUAAUUUCGAGAAAUCACUUUAUGAAGGCGAAUUAAAAGAAAAAGGACGAGCUUUAAGCAUCCAAGGAAUGAAAUUAUCUACAAAUGGAUCUUUGGAAACAACUUCAUUGAGCUUGUCGCAAGUUGAUGCCAAAUAUUUCGAUUUGAAUAUUAAUGCUGAUAUUGUUUCUAUUAAAUUGAAAGAGGAAGCACCAAUUAAUGAAAUUAUGACCAAAACCUUAUUGUUCGUCACGGUUGAAGCUAUUCAAAAUAACACAGUGAUCGCAUCCACAAAUGUCAUCAUAAAAACUGUAGCAAUUUUGGUUCCUCAGUUUGAAAAUAACUUUUAUAGAGCAAUUAUUGAAAAUGGAGAUUUGAAGCAUGAAGGAAUUUUCAUUAUUGAGGAUUCCAUAAGUCUCGAUGAAGAAAUCGAAGUAUCUUUAAUUGGAACUGAAAGGCUAAUUUUUGAUGUGGAACUGACUGAACGAGAGAUUUCAUUAAAAUUAAAAACUGGAGCAGAAAUUCCAAAAAACAAAAGCUUUUUGACUUUACAAAUCCAAGUUAAUGUUAAAAGCUCAACAAAGAAAAAUACAGCAGUUAUAAUUUGUGAGCUUGAAUUUACUAGUAAUCCACAAGAGUUUUUGCAGUUCAAUUCACAGCUGUAUGAAGGAAAAAUUUCCCAAGAUUUAGUUUUAAGCUCUCCAGAUAUCAUACUUAAUACAGUUGAGAAUGUAAAUAUAACUUUGUCAGGAAAGCAUGGAAGCUAUUUCGAACAAGAUUUUAAUGAAAACCAAUUAGUACUAAAACUUCAAGGUGGAGUCGUUAUUGAACAGUUUUCAACAGAUUUCUACAUUCAAAUCACGAUCGAAGCAUCUCGUGAGAAUUUUACAUCAGCAACUUCCAAUGUCAUUUUUGGAAUCCAAAGGAACUUAAUAACUGAUACAACAUUUGAAAAAAGUUUAUACAUCGGCAAAAUUGAUGGUCAAAAGGAAUUAAAAUUGGAGAAUUUGAUUAUCAAGUCUGACAAUCUGUUUACUAAUGUACGAUUGGCAGGAGAUGAUGCUGAAUUUUUUAAUGCCAAUGUUCAUAAUAAUGUAAUCACGUUGCAUUUGUUUAAAAAUAUUACAGAAGAUUUGCUGCUCAAAAAAACAAUCUUAUAUGCAAAAAUCGUUGCUGAAUUUGAAGACUCUUCAAUAGCUACAAAUGUCAUUGUCACUCUACCACGACCUGAUGAAAUUAAAACAUUAGCCUUUGAGACUAGCCAUACAUCAGGAACGAUAAGAAAAGAUGAACUGCUAAAUCUUGAAAUUGGAGAAUUUUACUUACAUCCUUUUAAUUACGAUGAGACAGUACAAUUCAAUCUUACUGGAACCGAUGCACAUCUUUUUAAUUUAGAUCAAAACUUGAACAAAAUUCAACUUAAAAUGAACCAGGGCAUUAAUGAAGACCAACUUAAUAGCAAGAAGUUUAUAUUAUUAUCUGUAAUAGCCACAAAAGAAGAAUUUGAGAAAGCUGAGCAUUUUAUAUUCAUCAAUGUUGAGAUUUUCAACUCCAGUGAAUCAAUGUUUGAGAAAACUUUGUAUGUUGGAACUGUUGAUGAACAAAGAGAACUUCAGAUUGAAAAACUCAUAAUCAAGUCUGAUUAUGAGUUCAACAGUAUAGAGUUUAUUGGUGAUGAUACAGAGUACUUUGAAGCAUUAAUCGAACAAAACCAAAUUAUCAUCAGAUUGUUCAAGAAUAUAACUGAAGAUUUACUGAUUCAGAAGUCAAUUUUAUCAACAAAAGUGAUUGCUCAGUAUGAUGAUAUUUUAAUUUCCACAAAUAUUAUUGUGAAACUUCCAAGACCAGAUCAAAUCAAGAAACUGAAAUUUGAGACCACAUACACUUCUGGAACAAUAAGGAAGGAUACAGAACUUGUUCUUGAAUUAAAUGAAUUUUCACUCAAUCCUGCAAAUUACGACGAUACAGUACAAUUCAAUCUAACUGGAACCGACGCACAUCUUUUUAAUUUAGACCAAAACUUGAACAAAAUUCAAAUUAGAUUAAAACAAGACCUUGGUGAAGAGCAACUUAAUAGCAAGAAGUUCAUAUCAUUAUCUGUAAUAGCCACAAAAGAAGAAUUUGAGAAAGCUGAGCAUUUUAUAUUCAUCAAUGUUGAAAUUUUCAACUCCAGUGAAUCAAUGUUUGAGAAAACUUUAUAUGUUGGAACUGUUGAUGAACAAAGAGAACUUCAGAUUGAAAAACUUAUAAUCAAGUCUGAUUAUGAGUUCAACAGUAUAGAGUUUAUUGGUGAUGAUACAGAGUACUUUGAAGCAUUAAUCGAACAAAACCAAAUUAUCAUCAGAUUGUUCAAGAAUAUAACUGAAGAUUUACUGAUUCAGAAGUCAAUUUUAUCAACAAAAGUGAUUGCUCAGUAUGAUGAUAUUUUAAUUUCCACAAAUAUUAUUGUGAAACUUCCAAGACCAGAUCAAAUCAAGAAACUGAAAUUUGAGACCACAUACACUUCUGGAACAAUAAGGAAGGAUACAGAACUUGUUCUUGAAUUAAAUGAAUUUUCACUCAAUCCUGCAAAUUACGACGAUACAGUACAAUUCAAUCUAACUGGAACCGACGCACAUCUUUUUAAUUUAGACCAAAACUUGAACAAAAUUCAAAUUAGAUUAAAACAAGACCUUGGUGAAGAGCAACUUAAUAGCAAGAAGUUCAUAUCAUUAUCUGUAAUAGCCACAAAAGAAGAAUUUGAGAAAGCUGAGCAUUUUAUAUUCAUCAAUGUUGAAAUUUUCAACUCCAGUGAAUCAAUGUUUGAGAAAACUUUGUAUGUUGGAACUGUUGAUGAACAAAGAGAACUUCAGAUUGAAAAACUCAUAAUCAAGUCUGAUUAUGAGUUCAACAGUAUAGAGUUUAUUGGUGAUGAUACAGAGUACUUUGAAGCAUUAAUCGAACAAAACCAAAUUAUCAUCAGAUUGUUCAAGAAUAUAACUGAAGAUUUACUGAUUCAGAAGUCAAUUUUAUCAACAAAAGUGAUUGCUCAGUAUGAUGAUAUUUUAAUUUCCACAAAUAUUAUUGUGAAACUUCCAAGACCAGAUCAAAUCAAGAAACUGAAAUUUGAGACCACAUACACUUCUGGAACAAUAAGGAAGGAUACAGAACUUGUUCUUGAAUUAAAUGAAUUUUCACUCAAUCCUGCAAAUUACGACGAUACAGUACAAUUCAAUCUAAUUGGAACCGACGCAUAUCUUUUUAAUUUAGACCAAAACUUGAACAAAAUUCAAAUUAGAUUAAAACAAGACCUUGGUGAAGAGCAACUUAAUAGCAAGAAGUUCAUAUCAUUAUCUGUAAUAGCCACAAAAGAAGAAUUUGAGAAAGCUGAGCAUUUUAUAUUCAUCAAUGUUGAAAUUUUCAACUCCAGUGAAUCAAUGUUUGAGAAAACUUUGUAUGUUGGAACUGUUGAUGAACAAAGAGAACUUCAGAUUGAAAAACUCAUAAUCAAGUCUGAUUAUGAGUUCAACAGUAUAGAGUUUAUUGGUGAUGAUACAGAGUACUUUGAAGCAUUAAUCGAACAAAACCAAAUUACAAUCAGAUUGUUCAAGAAUAUAACUGAAGAUUUACUGAUUCAGAAGUCAAUUUUAUCAACAAAAGUGAUUGCUCAGUAUGAUGAUAUUUUAAUUUCCACAAAUCUCAUUGUAACACUUCGAAGACCUGAUGAGAUCCAAAGCCUUAAAUUUGAGACAUCUUAUUCAACUGGUAAAAUUGUAACUCAUCCUGAGUUAAGCUUUGAACUUGAUGAAAUUUCUCUGCAAACUGGGAAUUAUGAUGAAAAUGUAAAAUUCAAUCUAGAUGGAGCAGAUGCUGAUUUAUUCGAUAUAGUCAGGAACGCAUACAAAAUUCAAUUAAAAUUAAAAUCAGAAACAAACUCAGAAAUGUUAAUUGAAAAAGAAGUUUUAAGCUUGAUUAUACUAGCCACAAGAGAAAAUUAUGUCUCAGCUGAGCAUUUUGUGGCUAUUUACAUUGAGAAAUCAAGUACUUUAGCUAGUGAUUCAUUUGAUAAAAGUUUAUACAUUGGAAAUAUUAAUGAGCAAAAGGAGCUUGAUGUUGAGAAAAUGGUAAUCAAAUCUGAUCAAGUUUUUAACACUGUUGAGAUGAUUGGCGAUGAUUCUGAACUAUUCGAGGCAUCUGUUAAACAAAAUAGUGUAACUGUCCGCUUAAAGGAAGCAAUAGCUAAAAUUACUCUUCCUCAAAAAAGUUUGUUAAGAGCCCAAAUAGUCGCAAAACAUGAUGAUAUAUCCAUUUAUACAAACCUUGUUGUUGAGAUACCACAAAUCGAUGAAGAACAAAGAUUAAGUUUUGAAACACCAUAUACAGUUGGAAAUUUGGAAAUUUAUCCACAAGCAAAACUAUCAAUUCAAGAAAUCGUGCUAGGCUUGGCAAAUUAUGAUGAUAGUGUUCAAUUUAAUCUUACAGGAAGUGAUGCAAUUCUAUUUGAGCUAGUUAGAAUUGGAAAUAUAAUUCAGCCUAAAAUAAAGUCAGAAAUCAAUGAAGAUUCUUUAGAAAAUAAAGAAUAUUUUACAUUAACCUUAAAGGCCACAAAACAAGGAUUUGAAAGCGCUGAACACUUUAUUUUUGUCAACAUCCUGACACCAGAAAUAGAUGAAUCAAGCUUCGAACAAAACCUGUUCGUCGGAAGUAUUAACAAUCAGCGAGUUCUUCUUCUUGAUCCUUUACUUAUCAAAUCAGAACGAAUUUUCGAUGAAGUAAUAGUCGCUGACGAUGACUUUGAAUACUUUGUUGCAUCUGUAGAUCAAAACUAUGUGACAAUUACAUUAGCAAAAGAAAUAACUGAGGAUCUAUUGCUAAAAACAUCUUUGCUGUCCACAAAAAUCAUUGCUAAGUCAGGAGAUAUUACAAUAUCCUCAAAUAUUAUUGUCACUUUACCUAAAGUAAAUGGAGACAAGAUUUUGAGGUUUGAAAGCCCUUAUUAUGUUGGAACAUUAGAUCAGUUAGAAUUGGAUAUUGAAAACGUUGUGCUUGAAAUUAAUAACUACGAUGAAACUGUGGAGUUUGUUCUUAUUGGAAGUGACAAAGAUCUUUUCAAAAUUGAAAAAGAUCAGAAUUUGAUAAAAUUGAGUUUAGCAAAUGAUGUUACCCAGGAAGAUCUGCAGAAUCGUGUAUUCUUAACUGCAUCUAUCACUGCCACCAGAAAUGAAUUUGCCACUGCUGAAACUGUAAUCUUCGUCCAUCUAAAUGUCAUUGUCGAUGAAAUCUCUCCAAUAGAGUUUGAUAAAGUAAUUUACAGUGGAAGUCUUACUUUUAAUAAUGUUCUAGUAUUAGACAGGAUUUCACUAAAAUCGAACGAAACUGAAAUACAAAUUUCCCAUAAAGGAGAUCAUGCUGAUAAGUUUACAAUUAAUGAUUCAAACCUGAAAGAUAUUCAUUUCAAUUUUAUACCUCAACCACUUGACUUUACAAGUAAGUUUUAUCACUUUUACAUUGAAGCAUUAAAGUUUGGAGCACCAAAAGUUUAUGCUGCUGUAAUCAUUCAAAUUGUUGACAAGAUUCAACUCAAAUUUGAUGAAGUAAACUAUUUUGGAAGUAUUGAUGAAAAAGGAAUUUUGAUAAUGGAUCAGAUUCCAAUAAAUUCUGAAAUGGCGAAUUCCGAAGUUUCAUUCAGGUUAGUUGAUGGACAUAACGAAUUUUUCGAACUAAAUUCUACUGAAUCGGCAAUUCAAAUCACAAAAACAAUGUCUAUCGCUGUCGAAAAUCUUAGUUUUGUAUGGUUUUACCUUGAAGCUUAUGGCAGUAAUUACUAUCAUGCUAGAACAUUAAUCGUCGUUGAUUUUCCACAAAAGAUUGAUACUCCAAUUGACGAAUGCUAUGACAAACUUGAUCCAACACAACCAUAUUUUGAGACUGGAUCAUACUCGUUUACAAUUAUGAGUGAUGAAACUGGACUCGCAGGUCAAAUUCAUGCAAUCAUCACUGAUCCUGAAGAUUCAAUUGUUUCAUAUGAACUUCUGUUUGAAAAUAUCUUCCUAUAUGACAAAAUUACAGCAGAUGGAGGAGAUAUCAAACUUUUAGUUCAAAUACCUGCAGGAUUUUACCGAAUGAAAGGAAUCGCUUUAAGUAUGAACAGUAAUAAAUCUGCUGAGACAAGCAUUUUGUUGAGGGUCUUUGAACCAAAAACAUGUGAAGACGGAAAACCUAUAACAACUGUACAAAAAACCUUGGCUGUUGUGAAAAUUGAAGAAAAUGAGAUCCAUGAUCAAAUCAUGUACAUGACCAUCGGUGACUGUCAUUAUGAAAUCAUCAAAGUUGUUCCGGAUGUACUUAAAGACUCCCUGACAAUCGACAGCACAACACGUUAUUUGAAGAACAUAAUUCCAUUUGAUCGGGAAGAUGCAGUAUUUGCUAACUACAGUGUGCCCCAACUGCAAGUCACUCUCCAUUUAAUAUGUCCAACAACAUAUCUAAGUCUAUCUGAUGAUCAACGCAUUCAGCCAUACAUGAACGAAGUCUUUACAGAUGAAAUUUUAUACUCACCAUCAAUAACUUACUUAAAUCUAGAGAUUCUCGACCAAAAUGAUAAUUCGCCAAUAUUUAUUAAUCCUUCAAAUGUAAACUUUAGAGUUGCGUUCCCAGAUGAAAAUCUAAUUGGACUAAUUAUGCCAAAUUAUUUAUUCAAAGUUGAAGCUUAUGAUAUUGAUGAUGGAAUCAAUGCGAUUAUUAGAUACAGCACUAGCAUGCCAUCAAUAUUUGAAAUUAAUACCGUCACUGGUGAAAUUUAUCCAUUAAGAACGCUUCCUGAUGAGCCAACUGGAUUUUUAAUAACAGCAACUGAUAGAGCAGGAGCAGGUUUGAGGACUACAACUUCAAUAGAUUUCAAGAAAAUCAGCAGUGCCAAUGUGAUUGAAAUUAUUGCUGAUAACUUUGCAAUUAAGGAUAUAGAUAGAUUAGCAUUGGAACUCUCAGAAAAAUUAGAGGCAGAUUUCAGAGUUUUAAGUUCCUCACAAUUGCCAUUCACAACAAACUCUCAAGUACUGAGGUUUGCAGACACUCAGGCAAAAACAAAGAUUUAUGGAUAUGCUUUCAAGACAAAUAGUCUGGAUUUAUUUACACCAGCUGAAUUGAUUGAACAGUUAAAGGAACUAGAAUUAUCAUUCCCAAUAAAUUAUUCAGCAGUCGAUGGAUGUGCACAAGAAAAAAAUGAUGACGAUGAAUGUGACUUGACAAUCUGGAUCUUUGUUGUUUCAUUCAUGGGAACAGUGCUAUUGCUCAUUUUGAUUUCUAUUCCAAUCUUUUGGUACUUCUACUUGAAAAAGAGACUCCAGAAUAACGACAGUAAUUCAAAUUCAUCUAAAGAGGAAAUUGCAAAUCGGUUUUAUGACAAUGAUUCUGUUCGUGACAGUGAAAUUGCUUCUGAAAUAGUUGAAGCUAUUACUGAAUUGAGAACAUCGGAUGCUCAAAUUAUGGGCGUUGGAGUUGAUGGAGUUACUGAAGAUGAAAGCUCUUCAGACCCCGAGAAAUUGAGUCACAAAUUGAUGUCAAUAUUGGAACCAAGCUCACCAAUUCAUGACAGAAAAGUUAAGUUUAAUGAGAUGGUUGAACGAAUUGAAGUAAUCAAUGACCAUGAUCCAGAUACUGAUGACAUUCCACAUCAUAAGAGAUAUUGAUUUAAAUCUAUAAAUUGAUCUGUAAGUCCAAAAAUUUCUGAUAUUUAAUGAAAUUCAAAGUUGUGCCUUUUUUUUUUACAAAAUGUAAAAAACUUUAUUAAAAUUUCCUUUAAAUUAACAAAAUUCACAUAUAAUAAAAAGUCAUGUAUUAGCUAUGGAUAUAGUCUGAUGCAGUUGUGCAUUAAUUACCCAAUUAAUAAUACGAUAAUGUGAUACGUGCAAUAAAUCAAACAUACUUAAAAUUAAAUCUUGUUUCUUAAUGAAAAAAUGUGCAAAAGCUGUAAUUAUUUUAUGCAGUAUGCAAUAAUUGAAAUAUUUCAUGCUCAACAUGCUGUUUUCGAUUAUUCAAAAAAAAGUUUACUUUUUCUUCUUACAAAAAAAAUCAUCACAGCUUAUUUGGUAACAUCUCCACCUGUCUCAAUGUUUUGUCAAAGGAGUCAUAAGACUUCCUUCACAUUGAUGCAUAAUAAAAUUAAAAUAAUAAAUUGUUCAAUCUUCAUCGUGCUGAUUGCAUCCAGAAAUUGAUAAAAUAAUAAAAAAAAAUCUUAACAAAAAUAUUUUAAAACUAAAUCAAUAAGGAAGGAGGAAGCUUAAAUUUGAAGGUUAAGUUUUAGGUUGAUUGCUACUGAAAGGAACUAUUGAAAUGAACAGUAACAAUGAAACAAUUCAGGAUAUGCUGAUAAUUGUCAUGCAUUGUUCUCUACCAGAAAUCUAAAAAGACACUAAAUCUAAAAGCACAAAUAGUAAGAAGCUAAAGAUAGAACAGAUUGACAGAAUAUCAAACUUAAUCAACUUCUAAUUUUCUAAAAGAUCCAACAAUUCCAGCUUCAAUGUCUGCAUCAUCGUUGCUCAACCAAUUAACAGGUGCGCCUUCCAAGUCAAUGAACAUAUCAUCCAAUGCCAAUGUUUUUUCACGAUUCUUCUUUAAUGUCUCCUUAAACUUGGCAAUCAUUUCAUCCAUUGAGACUUUACCGCCAUAUUCAGUUGGUAGCAAGUCAGGAUUGACACGCGAUUUUAGUUCAUCAACAUUUUUAUCGAAGAACAUUCGCUUGCGUAAUUUAUCACUGACCAAACUCAUAGCAAAUUCAAUGACUUUAUUUGCAAUGGAUGGAAUAUUAACGAAAUGAGUUUCUUUGUGUCUCAUUGGUGACGAUACCUGAAUGCAUUUCGACAUUCUUUUGAGAUCAACAAACGACCAUAAACUAAUGUGAUUCAUUGUUAAUCCACCUUCGUCUGUGAUGUAACAAUAUCCGGCAACUUGUGACUCUUCUUCGUCCAACAAUGACUCAACAAUCAUUGCAUGUGUCCUUGCCAUUUGUGCGGAUGUAUAUUUCGUUGCAUCGAAACGUGAUGCACAUGAAAAGAUUAUUCUACGGCCUUGAUCGUCACGCUCAGGUAAUGGAAAGAGAUAUCCACUGUCAACAAUUGCUUCGAUUGCUGGAUCGUUGAUGUCGAGCUUUUGGAACCAUUGUGGAAAGAGUUGACGUACUGAUAAAUAUUUUUCGAGAAGCUCACAAGCCACAGGGACGGAAAACUUUUUGGUUCUUAGGAAUCUCAAAAGGAAUGGUGCAUCUGAAAGGAUGAAACACGUGAAAUUAAAUUGGAAUCAAGGAUGGAUUCUAGCUACUAACCAGUUCUACACUUUUUGAUGUGUGGAUGCUUAGCAAUCCACUCACGAAAUUGUGCUAAUGAUUGGGAUCUUACACUCUCAUCUUCUCUCAACUCUUCCUUUGCAAUAUCCUUAUAUGUUGAUGAGAGUGAACAUUGAUACGAGUCAUACUCGCUGGGUUUGGUUUCCAAACUUGGGAUUGGCA